GUGUGUGUGUGUGUGUGUGUGUGUCCCAACAGUCUGAGGGCCUGUGAAGUGGCCCUCUGUUUAAAAUGUUUGAGGACUCCUGACUUAGAGAAUCCCAGAAACUCUUUGGGGUCAUGAGCCUUGUGACCAAAUUUUUGAGGGUAUUUUUGGAGUGAAGGCUAAUGAUACCAUGGAAAUUAAAUCUGUAUUUAAGAGAGGUGGGUCAUAUUGUACUUCAUGAAGCUUUAAUAAUAUUUUUUGUUUCCUUCUUGAUCUCUGACACAUGAUCACUCCUUCUACAACAAACAGCAUAAAGACCAUGCAGUUCCUCUUGUGAGAUGCAGCUUAUGUUUCACAUCUAAAUUUUGUGGUGCAUAGCUAUCCAUUCUUUUUUAGCCAUUGACCCUGAGAAGAAGAGAUGUUCUGUGUCUCCACAAGAAGUGACUACAUCCAUGUUGUCAUUUGUGAAGCUAAAAUGGAUGAAAAUAAAAUAGAAAAGGAAGUGGUUGAUGGGAAACCAGAGUUGUCAUCAGGGCCAGAAUUUCCAGCAAAACACAUACAGAGUGAAAAUGGUUUUGGUCUUCCCCCAAAUUCUCAACCUUUCAAUAACCAAUUGACAAAUGAGUCAAAACCAUUCACCAGGACUUUCGAAUUCAUAUUGAGUUUCAGAAAGGGUUCAGUAACAUCUGUCAAGGAGAACUCAACUGAAACUAAGAUGGAUGAAAAGAAGAAAGAGGCAGAAGGGAAAACUGAGUUAUUGUUGGAGUCACCAUCACCAGCAAAAAGUGAAGAUAGUAGUGAUCAUACCAAAACUUCUCUGCCUUUUCAUAAUGAAGAGGAAAAUGAGCCAAAGACGCCUUCCAAGGAUCACAAUCCAAUUUUCAACUCCAGGAAGAAUAUGCUAUCAUCUUCCAAAGAUGAAUCAUCUAAAGUGGAGAUGGAUGAGAAUAAGACAGAAAUAAUGGGGAACAAUGGAAAAACAGAGCUGCCACCCAAACAAGAACUUCUGGUAAAAUCCAAGCAGAGUGAGAAUGACAAUUGUCUUCCUACAGCAUCUCCACCCUUGAACAAUUCCAACAACAGCAUUCAAAGAAGGUCGACCUUUAUGAUUUUUAGUUCUGCCAGUGUGAAAACAGAACGUGCAGCGGUCUCUACAAAAAAGAAUAACCGUUUCUCAUUCAGAUACAUGACAAUGAAAAAAGGUAAUAACCAGGCCAAGAAAGAAAGCAACAACAUUCCCAAAAAGGAUGAGGAGCUUGAAGGAGAAGAAGGUGUUUUGGAGGAACCACUGUCUGUGCUGGAAAUACUUGGAAUUAUCCAGGAAAAUCAGCUUUUGGAGGCAUUGAAAAAUAUCAGAGUUUUGGAAAUACAACUCCUGUCUGAAAGAGAUGCCAAGAAAUAUGAAGAUGACUCCAAAGAAGACAUCAGAAGAAUGAAAGAUGUUAAUUUACUCUAUGAUUCCCUCUCUAAAAAAAUCCAACAGAUUGUGGAAAAAACAUUGGACCUUCCCAGUGUGGAGAUGAAGAAAUUAAUCCCAGAGAUGGUGGCUUUAAUUGAAGAGGAGGAAAAGAUUCAUUCUGGAGUGAUAACUAUCCCUGUGCCUCUUGACCCUGUGAAGCAACUUGGGUUAGCCAGAAAUUGGAGAAACCUUUGGGAAACAGCUGUCAAAGACAGUGUGAAAAUGAGAAUCCAUAAACUGCCCAUACCACUGAAAGAAGACAAUCCAUCUUGGCUGUCUGUAUAUUUAGGGUUUCUCAAAACAGUCAUAAGAGAUGACCUGUUAAAUAUCAAACACUACAUACAAAAAUUCUAUCCACAUGAUUACCAUGUAUGUGAUACAUACCUGAAGGUUUUCCAUGAAACUGUCUCUUUGUGCUUACAAAGCAUUCUGGAAAAGGAAGCAAGCUGCCUAGAGUUAAGGCAAUUCCAUGCUUUGCUCGAUUGGGUCAUUAACAUAUACUACAGCCAAGAUUUAUUGGAGCACCCGGAUCUUCAGCCAGAAAUAAAAACAGAAGGCCUGUCCAGUUUGUUACCUCCAGACAUUCUGGAUAAACUGAAAAAGGACUACAUAAAUUCUUUCAAGUGGAAAAUAAAGGACUAUCUGGAGAAUAUUCAGCGCCUGGAGACUGAAAAGUGGAAUAAAGAACAGCCGGAAGCUCAGAAAAGCCCAUACGAGUCUUUCCUCUCCUAUGAUAUUCAGCAGUUCAUUGGCGAACAUGUGAAAGAGGCUGGAAGCAUUUGCCAAAAGCUGGAAAGGGAAGUUCUUGAAAUCUCUGUAAAAGAAGUGACAGAUUUCUUACCAGGUUUUGGGAGAACAUUUCUGGAAUGGCAGAACUUUACAGAUAGUCCCCGGUUUGUAUCAGUGAUGGUGGCCCAUAUUAACAACUUCCAUGACUUGAGGACAGAUUUGCAAAUAAGGUGGAAUGCCAGCUGUGAAGAAAUUGAGAAGACCUUGGCUGGCCUCAUGUUGCGAUACAAGAAAUAUUUUUCCAAUGCGUUAAGGCUGAAAAUAAAGCCAAUGCUGAAGAAGAUUCUCAGCAGAGCCUGGAUUUCACAGGGUGGAACUUAUGAUUCAUUCAUCACAAAAAUUUUGUUAAUUGCUGAGGAUUUUUCCAAAGAUCUAACAAAUCUGAAGGAUCCCAUGCAAAGGGAUUUUCUCAAUGAAGUUCACAGGUGUGUAGUCAAGGAAUACAUCACACAAAUCCUCAAACCAAGGUGCAGAAUGAGAAGAAUAAAAAGGGAAGAAGUCAGCAACAUAAUGCACUGUGAAGCUGCAACUAUAAAUAACACUAUGCAAGAGCUGGGUUCAAGUGCUGAUUGGCUCCUUCCUGCCAUUCAAUGCAUUGCUAAUAUAAUUGCAGAGAAGAAGAUGCAGAAAAUCAAAGACUAUCUUAAAGACUUGUCUCAGAACUAUCCAGACAUGAGAAAGGAACACAUCUCAGCUAUUCUGGCCCUUCAGGGAAUGGGGCGAAACAAAAGAAACUCAAUUACUGACCAAAUGGAUGGACCUCCAGAAGAGUUAGAAAUCGGAUCUGAUAAAAUACUCUUUGCUGAAAUUGAACUUCAAAAUACUGCCUGUUGCUUUUAAAAAAUCUGUGUAUGUGAGAUGUAUCACUAAGUUUCUUUUCAACUACAAAUAAUUUUAUUGUACAAACCCAAGAUCAUGAUAGAAAGGUAUAAAAUGACCAGAAUAGUACCUUUAGAGUAGAUAAGAAACAGAAGAAACUAAACAAAGGUUAUUAUUAGUUAGUUUAUGCUGAGUGACUCCAAUGAAUGCAUAACAUGUAAAGGGACCCUUUUUGUUUUGGCUGCAAAAAAGAUCUGAAAGAGACAACUAGUUAACAUCACUGUAUCUUUCUUUUCAUAGUAUAUGGUAAUAGGGACUUCAGUUAUCCAAGAAAUGUUCUAUAUGUAACUGAAACAACACCUUCCCUGCACAUGAAAAAAAAAAUUAAAGGGCCCAGAGAAACCCUGAUGAGAUUUUCAGAAAUAUUAGAAGAGUUUUGAGAAGAAAAAAUCCUUUAAGAGGAAAAAGGUAUCACAUAAUAAAUCAAUGGUAAGCACACUGAGUUGACAUGAAAUGCAAACUUACCCAAAGAAAAUCAUAACAUGUUGACAGAUUUUCCUGGUACAGUGAGGCCUCCAGCUAGAUAAACAUGAACUAAAGUACUCCAUACUGCUAUUUAUUAGACUAUGGUGGACUCUCUUUCGAAGUGAUCAAACAAAAGUUGUAUGAUCAUCUUCAGGACUGCAUGGUAGAGGUUGGAAUAGAUGGCCUUUGUGGUCCUUGACCGCAGUUAGAUUAUGUGACUCAAUGUUUUUAUGUUGUGAUUCACCUGGAGAACUUUGAUUAUUGGGCAGUAUGGGACUGUAGCACAUAAGUACAAAUCAAUUGCUCAAAAUCAAUACAUGUUUAAUUCCUCUGUCAAUACAGGAAAUUUAUAUUGUCCUCAAUUUCUCUAACUGGAUACUCUCAGUAUGUUUUGAACUAUAUGUCCUAUUAUUCCCAGUAAGCAUGGGCAAGGGAGAGGGAUGAUAGGCUCUGCACUCCAUUACGUUCUGGUAAAUAUUUUUUAUUUAAUAUAUUAUUAAAUUAUUUCAACUCUUUUAUCCUGCUCUUCAGGCUAAAAACAAACAGCAAGAUUCCCAAUAGACAAUUUACUGAAAUAUAUAAUCAGUGCCUGAUUACAGUCUAAAAGAUAUGAAAUGCAAAGAAAGUGACAAAGGGAAGGGGGCACAAAUAAUUGUGAUUUUUGUUGAUUUAGUCACCCAGAUGGAAGGGAAUUUACAUUCUACCUUGCAGCACACUUUUAGCAGAAGAUUUCAGGAAUGAUAAAUACAUAAUAAAGCAUACAUAUUAUUGCUGAAACUGUAGUCCUUCUCGAAUUUAGUAAUUCUAAUAAUUUCUAGAUACAUUUGCUUGUCUUGUGUGAGUCAGACACUGAUAGCAUUUGUAAAAACAAAAAUGAAACUACCUCAUUGAGAAACUAACUAAGUUGAUUAACUUGGGUUGAAAUUCAAUUUGUCUAUGUGGUUGGGAAGAGCGUUUUAUGUGAAAUAACAGUUUUCUUAAAAUCACGAGACUGGUUCACAUUCUACACAGCAAGUAUGCUUUUUGCCUUAGGCUGUUCAAUAUAUCUCUCAACAAAGUUGCUGUGAUGAUAUAAUGAAGAAGAACAGGUAUAUCACCAUUUGCUCUUUGGAAGAAGAAUAGAAUAUAAAGGCCAGGAAUUGUGUAAAUGACAGCUCUACUGGUGUAUGUACCCUAUAUACCCAUAUAUAAGUCUAGAAAUGUUAAUCCAGAAAACCUGGAUCAAUCUAUUUGUGACUCAAUGUAAAUACUCUACCUUAAUAUAAAAAAGAAACACAUCCAA